AGAAGGAUGUCGCAAAAGAAGAUAUUCCUGUUCGUGAUUGCCAUCAGCACUGUCAGUCUUCUGCUGCACCAGGGGGGCCACUGGAACUGGACCAUGGAGGCCUUCCACCUUGGUUGUCCUGUCCUUCGUUCCCACCCUUCCCCGGGUCUGAAACCUAAGCACACCAACGUGGCCUUCCUCAAGACCCACAAAACAGCCAGCAGCACCAUGCAGAACCUGCUUUUCCGCUUCGCAGAGAGCAAUAACCUCACAGUGGCGUUGCCCAUACAGAGCUGUGGCCACCAGUUCUGCUACCCACGCCUGUUCACCUCUCAUUUUGUCCACCCGCACACGCAAACGCCAAAUAUCAUCACCAACCACAUGCGCUUCAACAAGACGGAGGUGCAGCGCCUGAUGCCCAAUGACACAAUAUAUAUCACAAUCCUGAGAGACCCGGUCUCCAUGUUCGAAUCCUUGUUCAGUUACUACAACCAGUACUGUCAGAGCUUCAAGAGGGUCGCCAAUGGCUCCCUGGAGGCUUUCUUACAGAAUCCCAGGCGCUACUACCGUCCAGAUGAGAAGGACUCCAUGUAUGCACGCAACACCUUGACCUUCGACUUGGGAGGAGACAAAGAUCGAACAAAAGAUGUGGCGUACGCACGGGCCUUCGUGGAGGAAGUGGAGCAAGUUUUCUCUCUGGUGAUGAUUGCUGAGUACUUUGAUGAGUCCCUGGUUCUCCUUCGCCAUCUCCUCUCCUGGGAUCUGGACGACAUCCUGUACGUUAAGCUCAACAUGCGGACGGAAAGCUCAAAGCGGAGCCUGACACCGGGCCUUCCUGCAAAGAUCCGUGCCUGGAACUCCCUAGAUGCACUUCUCUACGACCACUUCAACGCCUCAUUGUGGCGCCAGCUGUCAGCUCUGGGUCUAGCCUGUGUGGCAAGGGAGGUGCGACUCCUUCAGCAAGCUCAGGAGAGGCUAAUGAGAAGCUGCUUCGGUGGGAGUACGCCACUUGUCAAAACAGCUACGCAGAUCAAGAACAAAGAGCUCCGUCCCUGGCAGCCUAGUGGAAAAGUCUCCAUCGUGGGUUACGACCUCCCAGUGAAUGUCAGCCGUGGGUUCUCGAAACAGGCCCAGGAGCUCUGCCUCAAGCUCAUCAUGCCAGAGAUCCCGUACACACAGACAGUCUUACGUUCCCAAUCACUGCGCUACCGUCGAAGCUACCAGCAGGCACACGCCUUCCAACGGUCCAUACGCACAGUCCUGACUCGCCGUCCUCAAGUGCCACGCGACCAGUCUCCCCCUGCAGCCUCUGGUCCUGUAUCAGAAACAGGAUCCACCACCCCCUCAAAGCCUGCUGCAGGAAGUCAGGAUCAGCCCUCAAAGUUAGGGCCUGAUUCCUCACAGACCCAGGCUUUAAAAUGA